AUGGGUCAAGAUAAUCCAAGUUUGAUGAAAGUUGAGGGCCCCGGAAGGCUGCAUGGCAAGUGGAUGGAUGAUACCAACCUGUUGUUGAACCAGUGCUUUGCCCGGUGUUGGGUCACUGGAAAAAUAGGGAUCGAAACUGUCUACAAUGGUAUUAUAUGGGAUUUCGAUAAGCUGUUUACAUAUCUCCUAAUCAUUCAUCUCGCUGUGCUCUUUCUUGUCGUCGGUCCAUACAAGCGAAACUUUGAGAUAUAUUCCUUAGAUUCUACGCCAGACGCUGGGCCUGGAACAGAUGUAACUUUCCAUCUCCAAGGAAGCGUAGGUGAGAAUGGAGGAUUGAAGGUGUAUCUGAUUGCGAACAGAGUACCUGAAGGAACCUCAAGAUUUAUCGUGACCGCGUUUGCUGGUACUGCUGAGUCUAGUGCUCGUCACUAUCAUGUCCACCGAGGGGUGCCCCGAAAGAUUACUAUUGUGGCUGAAGGCUACGGAGAACGAGAGAAGUUGAAGGUGAUCUGGGAAAAGAUGAACAGAAGAAGGAAGAAAGAAGGAAGAAGAACAGACGGGUUAGCGUUUGAUAGGAAAUUCGGCUAUGAGAAAGGAAAGAAAUAUCCAUUAAUGGGAUGUCCUGUCGACCUACAGGAGAUUCUGUUUAAUGUAUAUGAUACCCCGGUAAGUAGUGCGGCCAUCCGUAUGCAACGGAGUAGAUUUGAGGCCAGAGGGAGGGUAACUAUUAGUACUCCAUAA